AUGGGAAAGCCACAUGCACUACUUAUACCUUAUGCAGCACAAGGUCAUGUAAUCCCCAUGAUGGAGCUUAUGCAACGAUUAGUCAACCAUGGUGUAAAAGUCACAUUUCUUAAUACAGAUUUCACUCAUAAAUUGGUUACAGAUGCGUUCUCCACAGAUGAAAACUUGAAUGAUUUAGCAAGCUUUGUGUCACUCCCAGAUGGUGUGGAAGCAGAAGAGGACAGAAAGGAUGUUUGUAAAUUAGCAGAAGCAAUCUUUCAACUCAUGCCUUCAAAACUUGAAGAGCUCAUUAACAAACUUAACAUAAAUGAGGGAGAGAAAGUUACAUGCAUUGUUGCUGACACGUGUAUGGGUUGGGCCUUUGAAGUUGCAGACAAGAUGAGAAUCAGAAGUGCAGCUUUUUGGACUGCAUCCGCUGCAGGAUUAGCUUUGCUAUGGAGCAUCCCAAAGUUUCUUGAAGAUGGAAUCAUAGACAAUAAAGGGAUUCUCAUGAAGAAACAAAUGGUUCAAUUAUCACCGACAAUGCCCGCUAUAAAUUCUGAAAACUUUAUGUGGGCCCGCAUUGGUGACAUGAAGACGCAAGAAACUGCUUUUCAUUUCGCAAUAAAAACCAAUGAGUUUGUGAAGCUUGCAGAUUGUGUAAUUUGCAAUUCAGCUUAUGAACUCGAGACUUCAACGUUCACUUCAUUUCCUGAUAUUUUACCAAUUGGCCCAUUGUUAGCAAGCAAUCGAGUAGCCAAACAGAUUGGCCAUUUUUGGAAAGAGGACUCCACGUGUCUGACAUGGCUUGAUCAACAUCCAAUAGGGUCAGUCAUCUAUGUCGCAUUUGGUAGUUUCACAGUUUUUGAUUCUAGACAGUUUGAUGAGCUGGCAGGUGGACUUGAAACGACGAAUAUGCCCUUCCUGUGGGUUGUACGUCCUGACAUGUUUGAAGAUAUGAAGAAUGAUGGAUUUGAUGAUAGAGUAAGCGAACGUGGGAAGAUAGUGGGGUGGGCCCCACAGCAGAAGGUUUUGAAUCAUCCUUCUGUGGGUUGCUUUGUGAGUCAUUGUGGUUGGAAUUCUGUGUUGGAAGGUGUCACCAGUGGGUUACCCUUCUUGUGUUGGCCUUACUUUUCCGAUCAGUUUAUUAAUCAGAUGUACAUUUCUGAUGUUUGGAAAACUGGAUUGGAGUUUAAAAAGAUGAAAGUGGUAUUGUUUCAAGUGAAGAAAUCAAGAAUAAAAUUGAACAGCUAUUAG